AUGCCACUCGUUGAUUUGAUUCAAGAACAUAGAUUGAGGAAGAAGAAAGAUGAGAAAGCUAUCAUGACUAUGGUUAUCAAGAAGUCGAAACCUUCGCCGUUCACGAAUAAGUCGAGGCUUGGGACCGAUCAGCUCUUCAUUGCUUUAGAUCCUUUAACAAAACAGCUUCUUUAUUGCGACGAGGAUAAGAUCGGUAACAUACACUCGAGUUAUGCUGCUAGGGUCGACAAUUUCCGAAGCUAUGACACAGUUAGCAAGGAUAUAAUCCAGAGGUGGACAUACCCGUAUGUGCCAGAUAUCAAUUUCAGCGGGAAUCGCCCUCUAAAGCUCGGGAGACAAGGGAUAUACGGGCCUUCCGAUGCGAUUCAGUCACAGUCUGCUCAUGUUGGAUCUUCCACUAUCAUUGGAUACGGUACAAAGAUUGGGAGUGGGGAUAAGAUCUUGAACUCGGUUAUAGGUAAUGGAUGUUGUAUUGGUUCGAAUGUAGUGAUACAAGGCUCAUACAUAUGGAGCAAUGUUACGAUUGAGGAUGGGUGUGUGAUAACGAACGCUAUUGUUUGUGAUGGGGUGAAAAUCAGAGCUGGGGCUGUUGUGCAUCCUGGUGUUGUUCUGUCUUUCAAGGUUGUAGUGGGGCGGGGUGUUGUUGUACCUGCGUAUUCAAAGGUUUCCUUACUUGAACAGCCAACUGAGGAAGACAGCGAUGAAGAACUGGAAUAUGCUGACAGUAGCAGGGGGACUGCAAAUGUUUUGUCAGGCGUACAUUCGCUGCAAAUGGAGUCUAAAGCAUCUGAUCUUGGUCCUGAUCGAGCAGGUCACAUAUGGAAAGUAUGUGAAGGGGCCCAUUAUUAUGAGGAGUGGUUGUAUUCUGUUGCACCAAUCCCCAUGGAUAAACUUGCUGAGAUCAUGAACGAUGAUGAUGACACAGAGGACGAAAGCGUUGUCCUGACUUCUGGUGAGUUGAAAUCUGAUGCUGAUAGUAUUAACACUGAUGUGAAUGAUCCCAAUGAUGACUAUGGUUACUUUGAGAGAGAAGUUGAAGCUACCUUCUUAAGGGCCGUUGAGGAUGGUAACUCUGAAAAUUUAGUGAUGGAGAUAACCGAUCUUUGGAAGUCACACAACAGGGAACUUAAAGAGUGUGCUGCAGCAAUAGAAGUGAUACAGAAAUGGGAAGAGAUGUGUCAGGAAUCGCCUGAGGAGUUGGGCCCUUGGUUUGCUCGGAUUCUGCAUCUUCUGUAUGAUAAAGGCGUGUUGCCAGAAGACGCCAUCUUGAGAUGGGCGGAAGAGCAAGCAGGCGUGGAUGACGAUGAAAAAAUUUAUCUGAAUCAAUGCUAG